GUCAGUGCGUCUUAUGGAGCGAAUAUAAAGUGGCUGGUCCAGUAUUUCUGCCGCCACCAUGGCCUUACCUGUUCCUCGCUCCAGCGCUGCACAGUCUUCCCGCGCUGGCUUCUGUGACAGCCGGGUGCCCACUGCGCAUGCGCUUUGCUUUGUGAAUGGUCAUCGCAGUCUCUGGUCAUCUGUACUGUGUCCGCAGUCUCUGGUCAUCUCCUGUACUGUGUCCGCAGUCUCUGGUCAUCUCCUGUACUGUGUCCGCAGUCUCUGGUCAUCUCCUGUACUGUGUCCGCAGUCUCUG